CCUCUUCACAUCAGGCUCUCACCCUGCAGGAACCUCUGGCGGAUUCCUCUACCACGGGUGGGUGUACUCAGGAGCCGCAACCUGGUCUCUGUUCGCUACAAGUCCAUCCCCACCAUCAGGGGCCCUGUUGAACAAGCGGACCGGGACUUAGACUCCGCGCUCUGGGGAAACCUGACCAGUGGGCUGCUAGAGGUACCGCCAGGUGGUCCAUAACAGAACCAUACGGCCAUGACGGAGCCUGCAAGAGGAUUGACCCCCGCUGGAGGAAAUCUGUCAGCACCUGUCGGCUCUAUCUCAAGCUGUCAAGGUAUUACAAGAAGGGUACACGCACCUUGA